UUGACGCACGUUUUCUGUUGUGGAGCGCGCGCCAAAGUGGAAGCGCUACAAGUAUUUUUAACCCGGCUUUGAGCUCAAUCCACGCCGGGCUACCGGGACACAUGGCGUCCACGAAUAAAGUGCCGUUGCAGGCCAGAAACUUACCGUGGGUUGAAAAAUACAGACCACAGAAACUCGAUGAUCUGAUCUCACACAAAGAUAUUCUGACCACCAUCCAGAAGUUCAUCAGUGAGGAAAAGCUUCCCCAUCUCUUGUUCUACGGGCCCCCUGGAACCGGCAAGACCUCCACCAUCCUCGCCUGUGCCAAGCAGCUGUACAAAGACAAGGAGUUCAACUCCAUGGUGUUGGAGCUAAACGCAUCAGACGACAGGGGUAUCGAUGUGGUUCGAGGUCCCGUUCUGAGUUUUGCCAGCACCAGGACCAUCUUCAAGAGGGGCUUCAAGUUGGUGAUACUGGACGAGGCCGAUGCCAUGACCCAGGAUGCCCAGAAUGCAUUGCGGCGAGUGAUUGAGAAGUUUACAGAAAACACCCGGUUCUGUCUGAUCUGCAACUACCUGUCCAAGAUCAUCCCGGCUCUGCAGUCUCGAUGCACCAGAUUUCGCUUCGGCCCGCUGUCCCCGGACCAGAUGAUCCCUCGGCUGGACUACGUCGUCCAGCAGGAGAGUAUUGACAUCAAUCCAGGCGGCAUGAAGGCCAUCGUGACCUUAUCGUCGGGCGACAUGAGAAGAUCGCUCAACAUACUGCAGAGCACCAGUAUGGCGUACGGGAAGGUCACCGAGGACACGGUGUACACCUGCACGGGUCACCCCCUCCGCUCGGACAUAGCCAACAUCCUCGACUGGUGCCUCAACAAAGACUUCACCACAGCGUACAAGCAAAUCCUUCAGCUGAAGACGUUGAAAGGUUUGGCCCUGAAUGACAUCCUCACUGAGGUUCAUCUGCUCGUACACAGAGUCGACUUUCCUCCAGCCAUUCGGAUCGGCCUGCUCAUCAAGUUGGCCGACAUCGAACACCGGCUCUCCUCGGGGACCAACGAGAAGAUCCAGCUGAGCUCCAUGGUCGCAGCGUUCCAGGCCGUCAGAGACAUGGUGGUCAGCGAGGCGUCCUAGAUACACGGGACUUCUGGCUCUCUUGAACUCGGACCAACGGUGGAGACACUUUUUUUUGUGUGACUUCCGUCACAUGACACAAGAAAAACGAGUGCUCGCCGCCGUCUGAGUGCCUCGCAUCGGCACACAACUUGAGGGAAAAAAAAUGUGAGGCAGUCAUUUGUAACUAUUAAUGGAAAAAAAUGAUCGUUUGGGCACUUUAGCCACCAGUGUAGGAACUGUCUGUCACUCAUCCAUCCUUUUGGAAAUAUGUGAUGAGGUAAACAAUCUCAAAGAAACUAAGAAAAUGUCUUAAGACAUGUACGUGUGUUUUGAAUCUGUUUAAUAAAACUAUUUCCUAUA